AUGGCUCUUUCACCUAAACCACCGAAUCUGUCAAUUUUGACAGAUUCACACAGGAACUCCAUUUCUACUAAUUCGGUCUCACCCACAACCCAUUCGGUCUCACCCACAACCCAUUCGGCAGACUCACCCUCACCUACUGGACAACUUAGCUACGUUCACGCAGCACUAUCCAUUGGAAACCGACAAAAGACUAUUCGUACACCAAUUCUUGUAGGAGAUGAAGACCCCAACGCGACUCCUCGAGUGUAUCGUCGAGGUACCUCCUCUAAUUCGGUUUUUUAUCACAUCCCUUCCGAAUUUAAAGAUUUGGAUGCAUUUCUUGGCCCUUUGAGGCAAACAUAUCCUCGAGGAAUUGGGCUUCAACUCAAGACCAAAACGGAAAAAACACAUACAGCUAUUGAACUGUGCCUCUCAAACGCAGACUACUGUAAAUACGCAUGCAGCAACCCAAUUGUGGUUGACAAUAAUGAAUUCUUGGCAACCCCUGCUAUUUCGGCGGAUCUCAAAUUCCCAUACGGCAAUGUCCAAGAAACAGUCAUUUACGAAGAAGGCCAACACCAAUGGUUCAAAGGCAACGGGUAUGUCUAUUUAGAGCGUCCUAUUGUUUCGGACAAGGUUUGGGCCCAGUUAGCCUACCAGAUCAAGUACUUCGCUGACAUCCAGAUUUAUGGAACCUGGGCAAAAAUGGGAGACCAUUGUGUGUUCUGUAAGCAGAUGGGUCAUUCCGUAGACAAAUGUACUGAAAAGCGUAAAGAGAAACGUACGUGCCAUAACUGUGGCGUUGUUGGACAUAUUCAGAUACACUGCCCUAGGGACCCACCUUCCAACAGUCAUCGCAAGUCCCAUCUAGAUGAUGGACCCAGCAAUCAGGUUGCUCUCCGCCAAAUUCUCAGCCCACAGCGCAUUCAAGAGACGACACGGUCUGCCGUGGAAAAGGCAGAGGCACAGAAGCAGAUGAUAGCCCAGAAACAGGCUGCUGCUCAGAAACAGAAAGACCUAGAUACCCAGAGAGUCUUGGAAGCAGAGAAGGUUGCUGCUGAAGAAGCAGCUGCAAGAGUCCUCGAGGCUAGAAUGAUUGCAGAUAAAUGUGAGGCUGCCGCUCUUCAAGCAAUAGCUCCUGGAAAUUGUAGAACUUUACCAGCUAGCGUAGAGGCCGACGUGGCGGAUAAAGAUGUGACAAUGGGUGACAAUAAUAAUGAAAAAGCUGGCGAAAAGACAAAGCAACAACGAAAAAAAGAACAAUUGAGGGAGGAAGCCCAACGCAACAUCCUUCCACCAGCACACAAAAAUAUGAAUAAUACAAUAAAAAUCGCAACAAUAAACUGUCGGGGGCUCACCAAGUCCUCUAACCCACAACAACGCAACAACUUUAUUCGACACCUACGCUCACAGAACAUCCACUUACUCGCAAUCCAAGAAUCUCACGCCAAAGAUUUUGAAUUACAAACCACCUUCCAUACCCAAUUUCAAGCGCACGACAGCCAAUGGACCCAGCAUUGCGGGCUGAUCUCACUUACACCAUACUUAUCUCUUACCGACUCAUAUACAAGCCGAUGUGGCAGAUGCAUUUUCGCCACAGUCAGCCACAUCAACAACCACUUCGACCCUAUCCAAAUUGUCACAAUAUACGCACCAGCUGUACUUUCUGACAGCAGAAAAUUUUAUACUUCCCUCCUAGAAACUCCACUCUUCUCAAGUACUAUCUCACACUCCCGUCUCAUAAUACUCGGUGACUUUAAUUACACCUACAGCUUACGUUCUGCACACUCACGCCGCGCUCCUCAGUCUUGGCUUCAAUAUAUUCAAGACCAUCUCAUCGAUUGCAUUACUGAAGAGGGCGAACAACCUCUACCUACAUUUUCUAGCGGAAUUCAGAUGAGCAGCAUUGAUUACAUCUUUGCAAGCCCAGAAUUGGCCAAUCUUAAGCACGAAUCUUCUGUAGACUAUAUAAACCCUUCUUGGUCCGACCACUUUUUAGUGUCAACUACCUUGUCUUUGGGAGGAUCCCGCACUGGAAAAGGAAUUUGGCGUGCAAAUCCCCGCUUAGCUCUGUCAGCCCAUUUUUGUCAGUCCCUGUCAGCGACACUACAGGACCUAUUACCUAGCCUACAUAAUAUCCCUUCAUCUCAAGACCAAUGGGAGAAGGUUAAAGCUAUUAUUCGCCGCCUUGCCAAGCAACAUUCACGUCGAUCUACUACAUGGCGGGUUCAGCAAGAAAAGGCUCUCCAAAGCAAACAGGAUAUCCGUGGGGCAUCUAAACGAUCACCACGCCAUAGCAGCCCUGGGCCUGACGGACUACCGUAUGAAAUUCUGUCUCUUGUAUUUCUCGAAGAAGAACAACUCUGUCACAUUCACUCUCAACGCUCACUCUCUGUCAGGGGUCGAGCUACGGUGUUAAACUCUCUAAUUCUGUCCAAGAUUUGGCAUGUCCUUCGUGUAACUCCUGUUCUUGCUUCAUUCUUUGACAAGUUGCGCUCAUGCAUAGGACAAUUCCUGCAUCGCGGCAUGUUUCCUAUGAUUAGCUUUUCCAAAAUGUGUUGCCCGCGUUUGACGGGCGGUCUAGGUAUUCUUAAGCCACAACUGCAACAAAGAGCUCUCCAGAUGCGAUGGCUACAGCCCAUUUUAGACCAGCAGUCUACCCAAUCUUUUGUAGUACCAUGGAUAAAAGCUACUUUGCAACAAUGUACCUCAAGUGGAGACAUCUGUCUGCCUAUGAUGUUUACAAAUUUACGCCCUGCUCGAUUGAAAAAUGUAAAGAGUGCGUUUAAUACUCUCCUAACUACGAUUGAUGCCAUUCCACGGGAUUAUUCCAUCAUAACUCCCACUCCAGCUACAUGUCUGGACUUGCCCAUACUCGAUGUCAUACAAUUAUCUGAUCAAUCUAUCCGCCUUACCAAGGGUUGGCGAAACUUGCGCGUUUCUGACGCUUUCAUUUACGAUGAGUCCCUUCAAGCUCUCCAUUCACGAGUCUCUUCAGAACGCCUUGGUUCCAGAUACAUUGUCGCCAAACUCUUCCGUAACCUUCAGAACGCACGGGUCAACCUCUUGCCAUUCUUCUGGCGUACAACACUGCCACCCCUCAAACAUCCUGAAUUUAUUCCCACUCUCCGCCCAGAGCUCGUAAUCGCAUCUCCAUUUGUUACAGCAUUGCGCACUGGGUGCCGGCAUCUCAAAGUCUUCCACACCACUCACUUUCGCAAAGUUUGCCAAAUCAAUCCGCCCUUGUCUAACCAUGGCUCAACUCUUACACCGAUUCAAUGGAAAAAAAUUUGGGAUUUUCCCAUACACCACUCUGUACGAAACAUUUGGUACCGCGCACUACAUCAAUCCUUGUCCUGUAGCUCACACCUCCAUCGCAUCGCUCCCACAACCUUCCCGUCUCCGAUGUGCGUCCUAUGCAGCAAUGGCAUUGAUAGCAUAGAGCACUUUCUGUAUCUGUGUCCUCUUAAGCGGCCAGUUUGGUCCAAUGCCUGGCAGACUUACUUUGGAUAUCAAUCUGAACCAUUUGAUGUUCAUCGCGCGCUGUUUCACUUGGAUCUUCCUAAUUCAGCCAAUUUUGAACACUAUCUUGACCCGAGCCAGGCCAUUAGCUGCAUCAUCUUAUCUCUGUGGAGACCUCAUUGGCGGGUGAUUUUUGACUCUGCACCUUUUAACACACAACAUAUACAAUCAUCUGUAGAAAAACUUUCUACCUCUUUUGCUCAGGAACUAGAUCUCUCAUAG